AUGUCCGGCAAGUCGUUUAAAGAUCGGCUAAUUGAGGCCGGAUCGACCCGAGCGAGCGAGGACAACUCGAUCCUGGCCGAUAAUUACGAUCCACUGCUGGAUAUCUAUGAGCUGUUUCCAACACCAGCAAGCCUGGCUCAGCUGGACACCUUGCUAGCAUAUAUCAAUGUGUACAAAUUGCAGAUUGAUCAAGACAUCCAGGCGCGUCAAUCGCAAUAUAAUGAGGCUAUGCUGAACGCCAGCGACGGGCAGGACGCGCUGGGUGCAGUGGAUGAGGAAUUGGCAAGCCUGAUUGCAGACGUCAAGGAUACAAAAAUCUCCGCAGAAGCCACUGGAAGCACUAUCAACAGGAUGACCGCGAGUAUCAAAUCGUUGGAUAACGCAAAGAAAAAUUUGACACUCACCAUGACGAUAAUGAAACGACUGCAGAUGCUAGUGACCGCAUACGAAAACCUCGAAUCUUUCUUGAGCGAUACGACAAAUCCUGUGAAGGACUAUCUACAAAUCAAACAACUUUUCAGCGUGGUAGUGGAGCUAAUGAACCACUUCCAGUCAUACAAAAGCAUUGACGAGAUCAACACGCUUAACAAGAAGAUCAGCUCUCUGAAAAAUAGAAUUAUAGACGAGAUCUUUGCUGAUUUCGAGCGCGAGAUAAUGGAAGAGCUACAUAAUCCUCAACUGGUGAGUGCCUGUGAGCUGCUGGAGCUUUUAGGCCGUCCAUAUCGCGACAAAUUGACCAACUGGUAUACUGUCACAACGCUCAAGGAGAUCACCAGUAUCUUCAAAGCCACGGAGGAAGCAGGGUCUUUAGACAACCUCAAACGAAGAUUCAUGUUUUUCAGACAGAUCCUCACUAAUUUUGAGAAACACCACGCAAACGUAUUCCCAGAAAGCUGGAAGAUGCCUCAGGAGCUAACAAGCCACUUCUGUAAAAUCACACGCAAGGAUCUGAAUGAAACGACAGAGAAAGAAACACGUCUCACUGGAAGCAAAGUGGAUGUCAAUUUGUUGUUGAACGCACUAGGAGAAACGCUUGAUUUUGAAGCUUUCAUUAGCAAGAAAUUCAAACAAAGCUUUGAAGGGUCUAUCUCCGACGUAUUUGAGCCUUAUCUGAAUAUAUGGAUAGAACAUCAGAGAACUGUGAUCAAUAACAAGUUUAUUGAAUUUAUGAACCCAGAGUCAAUGCUCAAGAAAUCUGGAGUGGAAACAGGUGGUACGAAUGUCAACGUGUUAGAAUCCGCUGCUGAUCUGUUUAGACUUUACAGACAAAUCCUUGCACAGCUGUCUAAGCUCUCCCAAGGCGAAUCGUUGGUCAAACUUUCCACCGUGUUCUCCGAGUAUUUGCUAAAAUACCGUCAGACUAUUUUGGAGCCGCUGGUUCCUGACUCUAAACGGUUAUCGUCAGGAUCGGAGACUGAACAGGCUGAGGGCACGGCUAUUAUAUGUCUGGUACUCAAUACUGCAGACUAUUGCUCUAUCACAGUGUCGCAGCUGGAAGAAAAGCUUGCAAUGCUGGUAAGUCCACCAACGCUUGCUCAGAAAAUGGAUUUUGAGAAAGCAAGAAACAGUUACCUCAAUUUGAUCAACAAUUGUAUCAAUUUAUUGUUCGUCAAGAUGGAAAAUGAUCUUCACCACUCUUGGCGUGAAAUGUUGAACUAUAACUGGAAGACCGUCUCAGAAGUUACCGGGGAAUCGCGUUAUAUGAGUUCCGUGAAAAGUGUGAUCAAAGAGAACUGUUCUUUAGUAUUCCCCAACUUCAACCGAGUCUUGUACAUCCGCAACUACCUGGAUAAAUCAGUGGAGCUUGUUUUAAGCGAGCUAUGGCUUAAUAUUGUGAAGCUGCGGCCAAUCACAGAAAUUAUGGCUGAGCAGUUUGUGUUUGAUCUCCAGUCACUGAAAUCUUUUCUGCUCGACCUGCCUAGCCUAUCUCCAGAACCAGUCAAGAUCAUAUCUUCAAACAGCUUCUCAAAAAACAUCAACACCAAAGUGUCCAACGUCAACACCAUCCUGAAGAUUCUUAUGGUUUCUACAUCGCCCAUGAGCGACUUCAUGUCCAGCUACUUCACAAUUGUGGCUGAUUCGAAUUUCAACAAUUUUGUCAAGGUUCUCAAGCUCAAAGGCCUGCUGACCAACGACGCAACGUAUGAUAAGGACAGGCACAGAUAUCUCGACCAAUUCAAGACCCAGCUUCGUCACUAUGAAACAACGGAAGAAACGUUGCCUGAGAGCAACAGCUUCCUCGAGACACUGAAGCUCGAAGAUGCUCCUGAGGGAGUGGUCUCGUCGCCAAACAUGGCCCUGGCUGGGUUUUUCAACAGCCCGAACUCGAAUUUCAGAAUCGACAAACAGUCACUUCUCAACACUCGCGAUCAUUUCGAGAAAAACAUUGCCAAGACAUUCAGCAUGAACGACAACAAGAUAGACAUUGGCGAAAAUCUUAAGAGUUUUGGCAAGUUCUUCAAGAAGAGCUAA